GGCUCCAUGACUAACCUAAUUUCCAGAGCUACUAACCAUUAUUUCCCCCUCCGCCACCACUUCCCGUUAAUCUCUUCUUCAUCAUUCCGUCCAAAGAAAUCACCAAAAAGAUUCAUCACGAGAACCAUGAGCAGCUCAACGAAAUCAUCAAAUCAGCAGCAGCAGUGUAUAUUCCAGCUCAAAAUUGAUCCAUUAACUGGAAACUCAGAAUGGAUUGUUGUCUCAGAAGAAGAAGUAAAAGAUGAAGUUUUUUUAUCAUCGACAUCUUAUCUCGAUAUGCUUAAUGAUUCACCUAGAAAUCAAGCUUAUCGUGCCGCCAUUGAUAAGACUGUAACUAAACCUUGCCAUGUUCUUGAUAUUGGUGCUGGAACUGGAUUGCUGUCGAUGAUGGCUGCUCGGGCUAUGAAUUCGAGUUGUGCUGCAAGUGUUGAUGAUACUGUGGGAAUGGUUUCAGCAUGUGAAUCUUACUUGCCUAUGAUUAAGCUGUUGCGGAAAGUCUUGCAUCUCAAUGGUAUGGAUAACAAGAUAUGUAUUGUACCUAAGCGGUCUGAUGAAGUUAAAGUUGGCGAUUGUAUUGCUCGUCGAGCUGAUGUUCUAGUAAGUGAGAUACUGGAUUCAGAGUUACUGGGUGAAGGAUUAAUUCCAACUCUGCAGCAUGCACAUGAUGAGCUGUUGGUUCAAAAUCCACGGACUGUUCCGCACCGAGCAAUUACAUAUGGACAGCUGGUUGAAUGUGAAUUUCUCUGGAAAAUGCAUGACUUACACAAUUGUGAAGUCAAAGUAUCAGACGGAACACACCUUGCUCCAGUUGGAUUGGAGACGAUAGUAGGUGUAAAGCAGCGACAAUAUGCCAUGCACUGUAAUUCAAUAUCAAACGAUAUAAGAUUGCUAUCAGAACCCUUCAAAAUUUUUGAGUUUGACUUUGGAAAACGGCCAGACAGCCAUGGAGUAACCGAAUUAUGUGUAAAUGCAACUAGUGAUGGUAGAGUUCAUGCCUUAAUUUCAUGGUGGGUGCUCCAGCUUGAUCGCGAAGGGACAAUCUUUUAUUCAACUGCUCCCAAAUGGAUAAAUUCUCCUUUCAAAGAUAAAGAGCUGCAGAUUUUCCGUCCUAGUUGGUGUGAUCAUUGGAAACAGUGUGUGUGGUUUUUCCCGGGUACUGGAGUAUCUUUAAUCAAGGAUGAGCAGGUACAUAUUGAAGCUGCUCAUGAUGAAACUAGUGUAUCAUAUAGUUUCAAGCAUCAUGAUUAUAAAGCAAAUCCAGGUAAUUGUGAUGCUGACUCUAAAGACUGUCAACUCACAUUCUCUCCAGAAAGAAUUGCAAUUUAUGGAGAUAGGAAUUGGAGAUCAUCCAUCUUAACAACUGUAAAAGAUGCUUUGCAGGGAAAAGAUUGUUCUUUGUGUGUAGUUGCUGACGAUAGUAUCUUCUUGACAAUUCUUAUUGCAUCUGUUUCAACAAACUCACAAGUAAUCUCGAUGUUUCCGGGGAUACAAGAAAAAGGUUUCCGGUAUUUGCAAGCUGUUGCUGGUGCAAAUUGUUUCUCAAUGGACCGUGUGAAAGUUAUUGGGAAAAAAAGAUGCUUGACAAUGGAUGAUACCAAUCAAAAAAAGGUUGACAUAUUAGUUGGAGAACCCUUCUAUUAUGGAAAUGAAGGAAUGCUUCCAUGGCAAAAUCUGCGGUUUUGGAAGGAAAGGACUAUGCUCGAUCCAGUCUUAUCCAAAGAUGUAUUAAUCAUGCCUUGUAAAGGCAUCUUAAAGGCAUGCGCUAUGUCUCUUCCAGAUUUGUGGAGAAGUCGUUGUACCCUCAAAAACAUUGAAGGUUUUGAGCAUUCAGUUGUAAAUACAUCCUUAGGAGCCUGCGGUGAUAUGUCUGCAUCAAAGGAAGGUCCCUGCCUGCCAUAUUUCAUUUGGCAAUGUGGGGAGAUCAAGGAAUUAAGCGAGGUGUUUACAGUCCUGGAAUUUGAUUUCCUUAAACCGAUUAGUUCAUGUUUUGGGAGAAAAAGGGUGGAGUUCAGUAAGACUGGUAUAUGCCAUGGAUUUGUGCUUUGGAUUGACUGGGUACUGGAUAGGGAGAACUCUGUUGUGUUAUCUACAGGACCAGAUCACAGAUACUGGAAGCAAGGAGUGAAGCUUCUAAGUAAGCCUAUUGCGGUUGGCAACCUAGAAUCGUGUAGCGAUACAAAUGCUCAUGGUGAUCGUCGUGGUUGGGUUGAGUUUGAGGCAUCAUUUGACGCAUCAAGCGGUGAACUUUCCAUGAGUCAUUCUUUUCAAUAACAAUUAUUAUUAUUGUUAACACCCUCUCUGUAAAUGACUAGGUGGAAGUCAGUUCCAGUGUUACGAAAUCCAGAAGAAAAAAAUAUGUAGGAAUAUUUUCUUUUGCAAGAAUGUAUCUCUAAAUUCCGAUAAAGAUCUGGAAGUUUUUAAUGAUUUUUGCAAGGAUCAUUCAUUAAAAUGAAGAAGAAAAUGAAAGA